UGUGGGCCUGGUUGACACUACACAUGGUGAGCGGAGAGAGCGCAGCGCCCAAACCCAUUGCAGGUGGCCAGCCCUUCGCUGUGGUGUGGAACGUGCCCACGGGCCGGUGCUGGCACCGCUUUGGUGUGGACCUGCCCCUUGGCAACUACGGCAUUGUGGAGAACCUGGGCGGCCAAUUUGCUGGCCAGAACAUCACUAUCUUCUACAAGAACCAGUUUGGGCUGUAUCCAUACCUGUCCCGCCAGGGCAUCCCCCGCAAUGGGGGCAUCCCCCAGCGGGUGCCUCUCCGCACCCACUUGGGCAGGGUGGCAGGCGACAUCCACCUCCGCCUGCAGCCUGCUUUCCGCGGCCUGGCUGUGGUGGACUGGGAGGAGUGGAGACCCCUCUGGGCUCGCAACUGGGGGGCCAAGAGGAUCUAUCAGGUGGCCUCAGAGCGGUGGGUGUGGGACCGGCACCCCCAUCUGCCAGCCCCAUGGCGGCUCCGUCUGGCCCAGGAGGAGUUUGAGCAGGCAGCCCAGGCUCUCAUGGAGCAGACGCUUUUGCUGGGCAAGACCCUGCGCCCAGAGGGGCUCUGGGGUUUCUACCGCUUCCCUGACUGCUUCAACAGCAACUGGGCCAAGGAGGCCAACUACACAGGGCAGUGCCGGCCAGCAGAAGUACUGCGCAACAACCAGCUCCGCUGGCUCUGGGCUGCCUCUGCUGCCCUCUCCCCCAGCAUCUACCUGCCGCUGAUGCUGCCACAGGGCUUGCGCCACCGUUACGUGCACCACCGGCUGCGCGAGGCCCUGCGCGUGGCCGCCUUCGGGGCCACAGGCAUCCUGCCCAUCAUUGCCUACUCACGCCUCUCCUACCGCCGCUCGCCCCGCUUCCUGGGGCUGGCUGAUCUGGUCCACACGAUUGGGGAAAGUGCAGCACUGGGGGCUUCGGGACUCGUGCUCUGGGGAGACAUGUCCUACUCGCGCUCAGCUACAGCGUGGGAAGAGCAGAUGGCACCACCCCAGCAGAGCCCACCGACCCCAAUGGCAGCGAGCCUGGAGACAUCAGCCUGCAUCCCGUGGAGUCCAUCAGUGACCUGCACUGGGCCUCAGGAGGGCACAAGGGUGCUGAGGGUGAGACCUGGGCAGUCAGGGCACCAGCCCCCGCUGUGCUCCCCAGCACUGCCGGGGGCACCCCAUACCAACAGAGACAGUCCCAGGGGUGCUGCAGUGUGGGUACUAACCUGCUCUUCUCUUCCUACUGCUGCAGGGAAUGGCCCAGCUCAGUCCAGCACCUUGCACAGGCCCCACACUCACUCUGCACCCUGCCCUGCCCCACGCCAGCCGCUCCUGCCCAUGCUGCGCCCUGUGCCUGCCGCCACUGCCUGCCCCUGCCUCGGCCCCUGCCACCCCCUCUUCCUGGCUCUCUUGUGCAUCCUGGCGCUGGCUAGCCUGGUCCUUGCCACACUGGCCAUCUACCUGAGCGGUAUGUGGCAGCCCUGGGGGCCCACCUACACAGGGUGGGCAACCAUGGGACUAAGCUCAGGGAUAUUGGGGUGCCCACUGGUGACCACAUGCCCCAGCACUACAGUGGGAAGUCAUGCCAGGCACAACUCCGCUUGGGCACUGGUGGGAAGGGUGCUACGGGACACAUAGCAGGGCACAGCUGGGUGCCCCAUCUCCAGCACCACCCACAGGUGCCCUGUCCUCUCCCCACAGUGCUGCAGAGCCAGUCAGUGCGGGCGCUGACCAAGUGGCUAGAGAGCCAGGAGGAAGCUGUGCAGCAGCUGCAGGCCACCAGCAGGCAGC